AUGACUAGGUUGCGCCCCCGAAAGGUCUGCGCGAAGCAGAGCAAGACGGUACACGGGCUGCCUGUCAAUGUAGAGCGCGGCCAUGGUGGGGGCGACGAAUUCCCACGGCCGGAUGGUGAUGGUUCAAAAUCAAGAAGCGUCGGUCACAGAGCGUUAUCAGCGGCUUGCUUCCACACCACCACCAUGUCCCUCUCAGCUGUUGUAAAUGUUCCCCGUCUCAAUAAGACUAUCACCGUUCCCACCGGUCUGUUCAUCAACAACGAGUUUGUUCCCUCGGUCGACUCCAAAGAGCUCAUUCAUGCUAUAAACCCAGCAACAGAGGAAGUUCUUUGUUCCGUGGUUGCAGGUUCCGAGAAGGACAUAGAUGUCGCCGUCGCUGCUGCGCGCAAGGCAUUCCAAACCACCUGGGGAAAGAAUAUUACCGGCUUUGAGCGGUCAAUGCUCAUCAACAAGUUAGCCGAUCUAAUUGAGCGCGACGCGCAAGAACUUGCAGAACUUGAGGCCCUCAACAAUGGUAAGCCCAUCCGGAUCGCAAGGGACUUUGAUAUCGGAGACAGCAUCCAGUGUCUACGCUAUUACGCCGGAUGGGCCGACAAAAUAAUGGGUCAGACCAUCGAAGUUGAUAACAAAUCAAAGCUCGCGUUUACUCGCCAUGAUCCUGUCGGAGUCUGUGGUCAAAUCAUUCCAUGGAACUACCCCAUCAACAUGUGGUCCUGGAAGGUCGCACCGGCUCUUGCGGUAGGCUGCACUAUCGUGAUGAAACCGUCAGAACUCACGCCCUUAACGGCUCUCAAACUGUCCGAACUUGUCAAAGAAGCCGGUUUCCCUUCUGGCGUUAUUAAUACAGUACCCUCGCUUGGCCAGGUCGGCGGAGCUGCCCUCUCUGCUCACUUGGAUGUGGAUAAAGUUGCGUUUACUGGUUCAACCGUCACUGGCCGGAAAAUCAUGGAAGCGGCUGCUAAGAGCAAUUUGAAGAAGGUGUCUCUUGAACUCGGUGGCAAAUCACCUCACCUUGUCUUCGAGUCAGCCGAUCUGGAACAAGCUGCCAGCUGGGCCGCUCUUGGAAUCUGCUACAAUUCUGGCCAAGACUGCACGGCAGGUUCGCGCGUUUAUGUACAAGAGUCCGUUUACGACAAAUUUUUGGAGCUCCUUGUCGCAAAAGUCAAGGCGCAGAUCAUUGGAGAUGGCCUCGAUGACCAGACGGGAGGCGGUCCUGUGGUCUCUAAAACACAAUAUGAUCGUGUAUGGGGUUACAUUGAAUCUGGCAAACAGGAAGGGGCCGUGCCUAUCCUCGGUGGAGUGAAGAGAGAGGGCAAGGGUUACUACGUUGAUCCCACCAUCUUUACAAACAUCCAACCGGAUAUGAAAAUCGUGAAAGAAGAGAUCUUCGGACCAGUGUUGUCGGUUGGCGUGUUCAAGACUGAGGAGGAGGCCAUUUUACUCGCCAACAACACGAGUUAUGGUCUAGGUGCAGGAUUGCAUUCAAGCGACGCAAAUCAGUGCAUGCGCGUUUCGUCCGCCCUUGAGGCUGGCACGGUAUGGGUGAAUCAAUACAAUAUAUUGAAUAACAACGUUCCUUUCGGCGGAAAGAAGCAAUCGGGCAUCGGCCGAGAACUUGGGAGUUAUGCUUUAGAGGAGUAUACAUCGAUCAAAGCCGUUCAUUGGAACUUUGGUGAGAAACUUGAAUGGCCACUGUAA